AUGCCAACGGCGCGGCCCCAGUGGAGAUUUGGGGCCGCAAUAGAAUGCCACUUUGACGUAAAUGGCCGCCUCCCGCCACGGCAGGCACCCAGCUCGCCCGUCUCCGGCAAUGGAUUUGAUGGCCCCCAGGAGCUUGUUUCCACCUACCCUUUUCAGAAUGCUUACCACGCGCAACGGCCACAAUCCCAUGUUCAUCAUCAGAGGACGGAAUUUGCUAACAAGCAAGAUGCGCUAGGCUGUGAGCUCAACUCAUUGGGCGAGGUCACCAGGCUACUGACCAGCACCAGCAAAAAGAUCUACAAGGCCUGUAGGAAGUAG